ACGAGAAGUUCAUCGUCCUGAUCUUCGAGAACGGCCUGGUGUCGAAGGAGCAGAACUUCCUGGACGAGAUCCUGCGAGAGAUCGGGAGGAAAAACAAUCUCAGCGACUUCCCGUCAGAUCUGCCCUUCGAGGAGGCCAACAUCCGGCUGGUGAACUACAACAAGGCGUCCAAACAGAAGGAGGACAAGGAGAAGCCGAUGCAAACCUCGCAGGGAUCCCCUGUAACCGAUGUAACGCCGCUGAGUCCGGUCGCCAUGGCAACACGCACACGCAUGUCUACCCGGCAACACAGCAGCUACUUCGAUGACGAAGAGGAGGAAAUGACCGACCUCCAGCACACCUUCUCCGGACCAAUCAUCAAAUUAAUGGUGUACCCCCCUCCUCCAGCAAAAGGAGGGAUUUCCGUCACUAACGAAGACCUGCACUGCCUUAACGAGGGAGAAUUCCUCAACGACGUUAUCUUAGACUUUUAUUUAAAAUAUUUAGUUUUGGAGAGAUUAAAAAAAGAGGACGCUCAGAGGAUCCACGUCUUCAGCUCCUUCUUUUACAAAAGACUGAACCAGAGGGAGAGGAGGAACGCUCCGGAAACCAGCAACCUGCCAAUCCACAAGAGGAAGCACAACAGGGUGAAGACGUGGACUCGGCACGUGGAUCUCUUCCAGAAGGAUUUCAUCUUCGUUCCCAUCAACGAGUCAGCUCACUGGUACCUGGCGGUCAUUUGCUUCCCGGGUCUGAACGGUCCUCUGUUCGAUCAGAACCCUCAGAACACCGCCCCAUCCAGCGCCCUCCAAUCAGAGGAGAGCGUCCCGGACUCUGUGUCUCCUGAUAGGCCGGAACCCCCCUCAGAACCUCUGUCUGUCCCCCAGGCCUCCAGAGAGGGAGCGACUGAAGGAGACCCUGCAACCCCCCCCACAGAACCACAAUACACAAGUGAGUUGCACAGAAUCAGCGUCAGCUACGCUUCAGCUAAAGUAGACUACGACCCCUUCAGCUUCUCUGACGACCAAAGCUCCUGUCAGGUACUUCCUCUCCUUCACUCCUUCUCUCCUUCUCUCCUUCUCUCCUUCACUCCUUCACUCCUUCUCUCCUACCCCAGCAGUGUGGGGUGCGGAAACAUCACAUUCACUGAUACUCAAUACGAGCCCUUAAGGCUGAUGCUCAGCCUCUCCUCUACUCCUAAUUCACAACACAACUGGCGUGGCCACAAAAACAGCUCCAACACCAUUGUGAAGUUUCGGCUGACGACACGACCGUCAUCGCGGCAGAUCACCGACGGGCACGAGACGCUUACAGAAAGGAAGGUCGAAACCCACAUCUUGCUGCAGGAUAACCAACUCCAUCUCACGUCAGCAAAACCAAGGAGCUGA